GCGCGGCGCUGCCCGGCGGGAGCCUCCCCGCCCCGCCCCGCCUCCGCGGCCGCCGCGGCUGUCACGGGGCGAGCGGGCCGCGCCGGGGCGGGGGCGGCGCUGCGCUGCGCGGAGCCCCGCGCCUUCCCCUCGGCGUGGCCGCCCGCCGCCACCGGGCCGCCGCCGCCGCCACCAUGUUCAGGCGGAUUUUGCAGCGGACUCCGGGCAGAGUUGGGUCUCAGAACUCUGAUUCGGAUUCAUCUGCUACACCAGGAAAUGCCGUGGACGUGAACAAUGAAGGCUCCUCUGAGGGCUUCAUCUGUCCACUAUGUAUGAAAGUGUGUAUAAAUCCUACUGAUCUGUCUGAACAUUACCAGAAUGAGCACUCUGGGACAGAAAGGAGAAGACAGGAGCUUCAUGACCUUCCAACCGUUACUGGCUUUAUUUGUCCUCUCUGUAUGAAGUCUCAUGGAUCAGCUGAGGAGCUGUUCAAGCACUAUGAAGCAGUUCAUGAUUCUGGCAUUGAUUCAACUCACGGAGGGGAAAGUCAUCUGUCACCGAACAGAGAUGAAGUAUCACUGCUCCGACAAGAAGUCCAGGACUUGCAAGCUUCACUGAAGGAAGAGAGAUGGUAUUCAGAAGAGCUGAAGAAAGAACUAGAGAAAUUGCAGGGGCAGCGGCAGCAAGAUUCUAAGUCUGAUGGAUUGACAACGGCUACAUCUGCAGAAUCAUUAGAACGUCAACUAGAAGAGAUCCAAGUAGAAAAUUUUAAUAUUAAGCAAAUGAAAGACUUAUUUGAGCAGAAAGCAGCACAACUAGCCACUGAAAUUGUGGAUCUUAAAGCAAAAUACGAUGAAGAAACCAGUCUUCGGGAAGGUGCAGAACAGAAAGUGACAAACCUGACACAAGAACUGCAGAAAGAGAGAAAUGCAGUAGAAGACUUAAAGACAGAACUGCUGCAAAGGCCUGGUCUGGAAGAUGUGGCUGUCCUGAAAAAGGAGCUGGUCCAAGUUCAGACACUGAUGGACAAAAUGACUUUGGAGCGUGAGAGGGAAUCUGACAAGCUGAAAGAUGAGUGCAAACACUUGCAGGCAGAACAGGCUAACUCAGAGGCUACCAUUAAUCAGUUAAGAGCUGAACUUGCCAAAGGACCUCAGGAGGUAGCUGUGUACGUUCAGGAGCUGCAAAAACUUCAAAGUUCAGUCAAAGAGCUAGAACAGAAAAACCAGAGUCUGACAGAGAAGCUGCUGAAGAAAGAACUGGAUUACACCCAGCUAGAGGAAAGACACAAUGAAGUAUCUGUGAGUAAAAAGAACGUGCAGGCAAGCUUUCAUCAGAAGGACCUGGACUGCCAACAGCUUCAGGCGAAGCUGUCUGCAUCUGAAGCAUCAAUGCAGAGAUUACAGACAGAGCUAGGUGAGAAGGCAGAAGCAAACCAAAAACUUAAAGAAGAAUUGUCAGAAGUAGAGACUAAGUACCAGCAUCUCAAGGCAGAAUGCAAACAGCUCCAGCAGCAGAGGGAGGAAAAAGAACAGCAUGGCCUGCAACUCCAGAGUGAGCUCAGUCAGUUGCACAAUAAACUUCUAGAGACAGAGCGCCAGCUAGGGGAAGCACAUGGUCGACUUAAGGAACAGAGACAACUCUCUAGUGAAAAACUGAUGGACAAAGAACAGCACGUGGCUGAUCUGCAAUUAAAACUUUCUCGUGCUGAAGAGCAGCUAAAGGAAAAAGUGGCAAAUUCCACUGAAUUACAGCAUCAGUUAGAUAAAGCAAAACAGCAGCACCAGGAACAGCAGACACUUCAGCAAAACACUACAGCAAAACUACGAGAAGCCCAGAAUGAUUUGGAGCAAGUACUACGACAAAUUGGAGAUAAGGACCAAAAAAUUCAAAAUCUUGAGGCCUUGCUUCAAAAGAGUAAGGAAAACAUCUCCUUGCUAGAAAAGGAAAGAGAGGACUUAUAUGCAAAAAUUCAAGCUGGUGAAGGAGAAACUGCAGUUCUUAACCAGCUACAAGAGAAAAAUCAUGCAUUGCAAAUACAGGUAACUCAGCUGACUGAGAAGCUGAAGAAUCAAUCAGAAAGUCAUAAACAAGCCCAAGAGAAUUUGCAUGAGCAAGUGCAAGAGCAAAAGGCACAUCUAAGAGCUGCUCAAGACCGUGUGCUCUCACUGGAAUCAAACAUCACUGAACUAAAUAGCCAGCUGAAUGAAAGCAAAGAGAAAGUAUCACAACUUGAUAUACAGGUAAAAGCAAAGACUGAACUGCUACUUUCAGCAGAGGCGUCAAAAGCUGCUCAGAGAGCAGAUCUUCAGAAUCAUCUGGACACUGCGCAACAUGCACUGCAGGAUAAACAACAGGAGUUAAAUAAGGUCAGCGUUCAGUUGGAUCAGGUUACAGCUAAGCUGAAUGACAAGCAGGAAUACUGUGCUCAGCUGGAAGCCAAUAUCAAAGAGUACAAAGAGCAACAUCUUAAUUUAGAACAGAAAACUGAAGAGCUAGAGGGACAGCUUAAGAAAUUUGAAGCUGACAUUCUUGAUACUAAAGCAAGCAAAGAACAAGCUCUUCAGGAGUUGCAGCAGCAGCGACAGCAGUGUACAGAAUUAGGCCUCCGAACAGCAGAACUGAGUAAACAACUUGAAGCAGAAAGAGAAAUGGUGUCUAGUGCUAAACUGGAGUUACAGAAGAAAUCUGAGGCCCUUGAACAAGCAAAAAAGCAAAUUUCAAAGCAAGAGGAAGAAAAGACCAGCCUCAAACAAGAUCUUGAGAAAUCAAAUCAAGAUACAAGUAAACAGCUCAAGGAAUUAGAUUGUAAAAUGCAAGCAGCAACAUCAGAGCUCCAACAAAUGAAAUUAGAGAAGGAUACUCUAUUAAAGGACCUUACGGUUACCAAAGAAAAGCUCUCAAAAAGUUCUGAAUCCUUUAGAAAAAGAAAGGAAGAAUUAGAAAAGGAAAUACAAAAAGGAAAAACAGCUGUGGCAGAAAUGGAAAAAUCUUGCCAAGAAGUAAAACACCAGCUCCAGGUACAAACAGAGUCUGUAGCUAAGGAAAGGAAUGAACUGAAAAACUCACUGGAAAAGAAGGAGGGGAUUUCUAAGCAAUUGUCGAUAGAACUUGAUUCAGCACGAGUGCAAGUAGUGGAAGUUCAGGGUCUUCUGAAAGAGAAAGAAAAAAGUGAGCAGCAUCUCCAGGGAAAGCUGAGAGAACUGAAGGAAUCCUUUGAACAGAAGAAAAGGCAUAGUGAAACACUGCAAGCUGAAUUAAAAACUGCCCUUUUAGAAAAGGCAGAGCUGGAGAAUAAACUACAACAGCAGACAAUUUUGUCAGCACAGGAGCUUAAAGCAGAGAAAGGAAAACUAGCAGACUUACAGAAGACCCAUGAAAAACAUCAGGAAAGCAUGGAAAAACUUCAGCUGGACCUUUAUGGGAAAGAGUCUGAGCUGCUGGCAACCAGACAAGACCUUAAGUCCACAGAAGAAAAACUUGCUCUGGCUCAAGAAGAAUUAGUUUCAAACAGAAAUCGAAUUGCUAGCAAUAACCAGCAGAUUCAGGAACUUAAGAAAGCGAAGUCUAUGCUGGAACAGGAUGCAUCAAAGAAGGAGCAACAGCUGGGUGAGAAGACCAAAAUGUUACAGGAUCUUCAGAAUGACAGGAUUUUGAAAGAAAAAGACUUGGCUAAUGAAAAAUGUAAAACAACAGAGCUCCAGGAAAUAAGGAGUAGACUUGAAAAAGAAAGUGCCAAGCUGAGUGAAGAGCUUAGAACCUGCAAGCAAGAAUUUGAGAAGGAGGUGACAAAUCUCAAGGAUGCAAAACAACUGUUGAUUCAACAGAAAUUAGAGCUGCAGGGCAAAGUAGAUAACAUGAAUUCAGCACUAGAACAGGAGAAAAAAACCCAACAAGCUAUCAAAGAUCAGCUGAAAAAGAGAGAAGAAGAACUGAAGAAAGAAUGUGCUGAAAUUGAAGCUAAACUGAACACAGAAAUAAAAGAAAAAGAAGAGGAGAACCGAAAACAUGAGGAAAAGGAGACCAAACUCACCAUGCAGGUCACAGCUCUGAAUGAAAACUUGGCUACCAUGAAGAAAGAGUGGCAGAGCAGUCAGAGGAGAGUGAGUGAGCUGGAGAAACAGACGGAUGAUUUACGUGGGGACAUAGCUGUCUUGGAAGCGACAGUGCAGAAUAAUCAGGAUGAGAGAAGAGCGCUACUGGAGAGGUGUAUAAAAAGUGAGGGAGAAAUUGAAAAGCUUCAAACCAAACUUGUAGAGAUGAAGAAAAAGCUGGACAACACUACUGCUGCAAUGCAGGAGCUAGGCCGAGAAAACCAGUCAUUACAGAUCAAACAUACCCAAGCUCUUAAUAGGAAAUGGGCAGAAGACAAUGAGGUACAGAAUUGUAUGGCCUGUGGGAAAGGCUUUUCGGUGACAGUGAGAAGGCAUCACUGUAGACAAUGUGGAAAUAUCUUUUGUGCUGAGUGCUCAGCAAAGAAUGCCUUAACUCCUUCUUCUAAGAAGCCUGUCCGGGUCUGCGAUACUUGCUUUAAUGACUUGCAAGGAUAACUGGCUUAUCUUGAGUGACGAGGAAAUGUUACACUAAAGUUUAGAAUUUCUGUUGAUGCACUUCAUUCAGCACUCAGACUACUAUUCAGUUUGGACAAUGAUUGUAACACUUGGCAAAAUUUAGUAUAUUUUAAAAUGUUUAUUGAUACCAAGUAAAACUAUUGUAUUUUUUGUGAGACAUGGGCUCAGAUCAUCCAUAGCUUAUUGCCAUUUAUCCUGGAAAGAGCUUCUAUGUCUAGAUUAGAAAUACCCAGUUAUUUGUAAAUAAAGUUUAAACAGAAGAGUAACAAUGUAUUUUUUUAUCUUUUUUUUGUUCAAGAGAAACAGCGUUUAUGUGAUAUUGCAGUUUAUUCUUGUUUCGUUCAAAGGAAAAGGAAGAUGCAAAAAUCUGUGAGGAUUUUGUGUAUCAAAUGUUGCUGUAAUGGCAUAACUAAUUGUCGCAUCUGAUUGCAUAUCUGAUGUUCUUUAUAAUCCCUUGUGAUUUUGUUUUCUUUCUUUCUCUCUUGUUCUUGGACUUUCUCGCUAAAGUUCAACUCCACAAUGAGGGUAAACAGCCGGACUCGCCUCCAACUCAGAGUUUUGUCUGCCAACUUAGAACUUGUUGCAGUGUCAGCACCUGCGUCCUUACCCAACUACAGCACCUGGAUAUUGGAAUAUCUGUACGCAUACUGUACUGCAUAGUUUCUUUGCGUGUGUGAGAGAAUAGGUGUGAACAAAUGCUGAGAGCAAGUUUAGCUGGCAUUGUAGGAAUAUUAUAUCAAGCUCUCUCGUGUUGAUUGAUUUCACUCUUUUACGUAUUUGAUAAAUGGAAUUUAAUAGUCCAGAAAUCCUCAUAUAUGAGUCUUAAAAAGCAAAUAAACAAUACUCAUAGUAGCCUGUACCUCAUCUAUCCCCCUGCCUGUGCUCUGGAAGCCCAAAGAAGUCUUAUUUUUCUAAGGGACAUGUAGAAAUUGUAUGCUAGUCAGCAUACUAAAACUUUGAGACUGCUGCAAUUUUUCUGACCUCUGCUUCCAUCCCUCCAUCCAGCUUUUGCUGGAAGAAGUUGAAUUCAUACUACCCCUAACAAACCUGAUUUUUCUGCUGCUCCAUCUGAACUUGUGUUGCUGAACUUUUGCUAGCAGGGGGUCUUAAUUGGUGUUAGUUCUGCGAUUUAGUCUGCUCAGAACGGUAGUGUGAAUCUCCUGCUACUGGCUUAGUUAUAAGCCAAACAGUUCUAAUUAAGAGGUCUACAUAUAUGUCUUUAGAUGUUUGUUCAUAUUUUCUUCUCUGUUCUUGAAACAGAGUUUUUUUGCAGAGUUCAUCCAAACCUCUUUUUGUGAUUUAGUUGCACCUGUUUUUCCCUGCCUACCUGUCUCUAACUUUUUCUCUGUUUGAAAUAGCUGUCUGGUACCACAAAACCAUUAGGGUUACUUUUUCUGAGUUGGGGUUACUCCUUCAAAUAGUAAGGGAUCCUUUGUCUUGAAAAUCCUAAUAAACCCCCCACAACCCAGAACCUUCUCUGUCUUAGGAUAUUGUGCCAAUUGCUCAAAGAGAGGGACUGUAGCCUGAAAUCCUCUACUUCUUGACCAAGUUAAGGAAACAAAUUCUGUUACCGUGCUGGAAGCUUAGCCAUCUUUAGGCAGGUUAGUUUGCUUUUAUCUGUCAGCAGCUCUCUGUGUGAAUAGAGAGAGGAGUGUCUUUUAUGAAAGAUAUCUAGCCCUGACUGACUCCCAAGUGAAAAGAUUACUUCUCUUCCCCAGACGUAGUGAUCUGUAUGCUUCACAUCCCUUCCUAGUUUUCUUGUAUAAUUAUAAAUUUGCAUCCAUUUUUCUUCCUUGAAGAGAAGUUCUCUGUAAAUUACAUUUGUAUGUUUGAAAAGCCAGCUGAAGCGCAAAGUGCGUAGCUGGUUUUUCUAGCUGUGGAAAGACUUGGAACGCAAGCAGGGUUUAUAUAAAAUACUUACCAGCAUUUCUGGUUCAGAUAUAGACUUGAGAAUUGCUUCCUCUAAAGAAAUAAUUGUUCAAAGAACUCCAUAUGAACAGAGCCCCUGGACUCAUUUUUUCUCUUGGUCAGUGUAAGUGUUAAGUUAAGAAUUCUUUGAAUAGAGAAUGUGGGCAGAAUCUCUGCCUCUGGAAUUUUUAUUUUAUUUUUUUAAGAGAACCCAGAGAGAUUGCUUUCGAGCCUUCCUUUGUAUUACACGUGACUUUAGAAAACUGUGAAAGGUGAAGAUGUCAUGCUCUUGCUCCAGAUAUGCUCUGUCCUGUUGUGUAACACAGAUGCUAGUGCUGCCUUGAGGGUGAAGGACAAUCACAUGGAGCAGAAGGGAUUUUAAGAGGGAAGAGAGAACCAUAUCCAUGAUUACAUGAAGGGCAAAAUGCAUGGAGCAGAGGAAGCUGGAAGUCUCUCAGGGAGACUAAGGGAAAUGGUUAAAAGAUUCACUUGCGUUCAGGCAAUGUACCAUUGAUUUGAAAUGUUUGCAAGCUGAGGAGAAAGCUCUGUACUAAAGAGGAAACGGUGGAAGCUUAAGUAGAGUUGUUCUUAAUUCUGCCUUUUGAGAUGCCUUAUUAAGUCUGUGUGAUGGCAGGCAAAGUCAUCUCACUUAGCUGGUGGCUGAAACAGUGUGGUUGGUUGGCUGCAAAACAACUCUCAGUCUGGAGCUCUCACCUUCAGUGGCAAAGCCAGCUUGAUUUCUGAAGGUUGUUUUUUGCUUACCAGUUUAGAAGACCAGCUUUUUGAAGGAAUGAAAAUGCUUUUACAAUGCAUGUUUAUAGAAAGAAGGGUUAUUAAAACAAGGAGGAACAGUGUUGGGGUAGAAGCUUUCAUCCUUGGAAGUUUGAGUCUGCAGCAAUAGUUGGAGAGUUCUGCAGCUUUUCACUUGAGUAAAUUUAUGACUCCAUUGCUAAAUCUUAUGCUCCUUCCUUUGUGCUCAUGAUUCUUCAUGCUGCUCUGUAUUCAUUGACAAGUUGGUGGUAUAAUAGGCCAUAUAAUGCUCUCAGCCUGUCUGCCAGGUUAAAAGCUGUGCUCACGUUCAGUAAAAUGACCCAUGAGAUGCAUAAAAAGGGAAACUGGAAGGAGAAAAGCUUUGUUAUAAUUCUGCCUGCAGAUUCUGAAUGUUUUGAUGGGCUGUCUUCAUGGACAGAUUGUCAGUGGGAAUGUGGUUGAUUGUUGCAUUGCUUUAAAAAAAGUAAAUAAAAGAAAAACCUAGUAAAAAGUCUGGUUGAUUUUACCACACUGAGUUAAAGGAUUCCAGGCAAAAUAGUCUAAUAUACUGAUCUGUAGGUUGCAAAACCAGAAACAGAGGAAAAAACUAAUAAAAUGGCAGAAGAGACUAGAACCUUGGGAACAAGAGAAAGUUUGGGGAUGUGUUUUAACAAUCUAAGCAGCAAGAACCAGACUGUUCUGAUUCACUGAGGGAAAAGUCAUUGUAGAGCAAGAGGCAGAGAAAAAUGGUAAAACCACUGGUCGAACCAGUGGGUAUGUAGGCUUUUCAAGCUGCUUUUAUGAUUACUAGCCAUUACUGUGGCAUCAGGAAUGGGACACUGAAGUGUGGGAUUUGUUAUUGCAACUGUGGAUUCAGAAUUGUGUCAGAAUUGCUGAGAAAGCAGAAUGUGAGAGACUGCUGCUACGUGGACUGAGGCAAACUGCAGAGGCCAUCGGAACAGUGUGAGGGAUAUUCUUGUUGGGGGGCUCUUCUUGGAGAUAUUGGAUCUCUUAGUCAAAGAGGCAUGAUGUCCUUGGUUGUUGCUUCCAAAAUGCUAAAUCCUGUUGUUUUACUCCUGCCUCAUGUAGGUAAUAUGUACUGCUGUACUGCAAUUCCUAUGGAGGCACGUAGCAUUGCAGAGCUGAGUGGUGGGCUUCCAAUCUUAGCUGGAUAUGCUUCACUGUUAUUUCAUCUCCCCUUAUAUUCCUUCCCUUCUAAAAUCUUCCCCUUUGUGCAAAGGCUGAAGAAAGAGCAUAAAAUUGAGUCACAAUGAGAAAAGUUGCUGCCUGCAAAGAGCCAAAAGAAAUGUUCGGCUGUAGUUUCCAACAGAGGCAAGAGGCUGUGGGUUUAGAGGGAGCUCAUUUUUCAGCUGGCUUCACUCUCUGGCACUAGAGUCUGACUGUAGGGCACAAUGUGGGCUUUUUUUUCUCUGUUUUUUGGAAGGUAAGGAGUAACCAAGUUGUCUUGGACUGUGGAGCAUCAGGUACACAAGAACAAUGAAUAACCACUUUUGUUGCUUGUGAGGUGACUAGGGUUAUUUAUGAAUCCUUACUGGAAAACCUUUCCUAGUGAAGCAGGAAGGGGUUUGGGAGCAGAAGUGUGAAGUAAGCUUGCCAUGUUUGUAUUACAUUAGCAAGAAGGAUCGAGGCUCAUAUACUAGAUUUAAGAAAGAAGUGCCCUUCCUAAAGAAUAGGGGAACUGGAAAACUCAAAUACUUUUCUAGACUUAAAUGUCAGUUAAAAGCAAAGUGUUAGCAAAUGCUUUUUGCAAAACUUAAAAAUUUAUGACCAGUACUUGGUGGCUGACAGAAAACUGCUGGAGCUUAAGUUCAAACAGAACAUAAACUACGUCAAGAAGACCAAGCAAAGCCUCUGGAAUGAUGCUAUGGUUUGAAUAUGUUGAAGCUGAUAAAUUACUCCUCCAAAUGCCUCCCCUCCCACUUUCAUAUAUCCCUGGAGGACUAGGAAACAACACUGUCAUUUGCACUGUGCACUUUUUGCUGUCUAACAUAACUGAAUAUGAUCUACAGCUGGUGGAAUGGCAUUGUAUGUAUUAGCUGUAAUCAUUAGACAGAAGGUUUAUCUUUGGCUGAACUUCUCACUGAAUUACAUCUGUCCCCUCAUAAUUCCUUUGUACCAAAAAUGAGAUCAUCAUCUGAGAGCACAUGUAACAACAGAAUUCAUGUAGUCAUGCACAUGUUGUCUUUGUGGAGCUUCAUUUUAAGAUUUGAAAUAGAGUAUGUGAAUUGUGUGUAUUUUCAAAGUUCUUGCCAGUUGUCCAGUUUUAAAGUUUUGAAGUCUUGACCUCAGCAUCUCUUCCAGGAUAAGUUUAAAAUUAAUGUCCAACCACGGUGUUUCUCCAGAAACAAUAAAUGAUUUACUUUUCAAAAACAGCAAUAAUUGGGUAGUAAAAUCUCUCCUCAGAAACUCGUUUUUGGGGUAUCUUUUUCAUUUUAAGGAGCACUGAAUAAAGGGGUAUGUGUGUCUCUAGAGAAAAAAAUUAGAUGCCACUUCAGAUCACGAUAGUGAAGAGAAUAGGUACUAGUUAGCGUAAUAAACUGCCUUUGUCUGUAGCACACCACAUACUAUGCACUCACUGUGCAGCAGGUACAGGAGUAUCUGCUCACUGGGAUAGGUAAAGUACAUUUGAAGAUUACUGAAACCCUACUAACCCUUUUGGUACAACAUUGCUAAGAAAGCAGAAGCCUGGUGGGGGUAUUUUCCAUUUUUUUUCUUCCCCCCUACAAUCUUAAAUUAAAAACAAAUUCAUCUUUACUUCCUGCCUUUUUUGGGUGGAGAGGUCUAGGAAGAGUGGCAUACAGAGAACAUAUUCAUGGUUAUAAGUCAACGGGCCAGUACUGGCAGGUCCAGGCUCCUGCUGUUGGCUUUGCUGCAGAGUACUCUGUUAUAUCACGCUAAAUCCCAAUUCCUGGCACAAAAGGGAUGUUUAAAAGAAUUUCUCACUGGGUUAGCAAAUACCAGAACUUUUUAUAGUAAUGCGUCCAAAAUGCUGCUUGUAUAGGAUUUGUCACUUUUGUAAGAAAAGAAAAAAAAUUACAAAAAAACAUACAACCCCACCAUUUGAUGCCGUUACAUACAAUUCUGUUUAAACUACCUCUCAGUGUGAAAUUCAACCAUUAGGUAAUUUUAAUAGGGUCUGCUCACUGUCAUGUUAUGUAAAAGUUAUAGUGAAUGCCAAAUUGCAAAUCUUUAUCACCAAAAAGAAAAAAGUUAAGUCUUUUUGUAUGUAUUUGAAAGUAUGCAAUAGUUUCAAGUUAUUGUAAACUCUGUAUUCUUUUAACCUCUGUAGUUUCAGUCCUGCAAACCCUAGCUGCUGGGCAGGAAAUAAAUCGUAACCACAAGCUUUCAUAAUCAUGGUCCGCUGGGUAACAAUUUUACAUGCAGCUUUGUCAUUUGGCUAUAGAAAGCCUCACUCACCAAAUGAACCAUUAAUUUAGUCUUUUUUAAAAAUAUUUCUUCAGUUCUCAAGAUGUGAACUUGAUGAAUGGGUAUUCUGUAAUGGAUGCGUGCCACAAAUUACAUUGUCUUGUUUGCCUCCUUUCUGAAUUUUAAUGAUCAGUUUAUUAUUGCAGAUGUGAAUAUUGCGCAUACAACUUAUUUUCUGUAUAAUUGUAUAAAUAUAUAAAUGGAGAAAGUUUUAAGUUCUUACCCAGUAUUUAGAGAUAAUGUAUUAUAAUAGCCUUAUGAUGUGGUUUUACCUACAGAAUACUGCACUUCUUUUAAACUGGAUCAUACCAUCUUGAUAGGGGUAGAUAGAUUUUUGCAUGAGUAUGUUUGUUUGGUUUUGUUUUUUACAUGAAGUUUGAUUCUUUAAGUCCUAUUUUCAAUGUUUGUGUUUAGUACUUGUGAUCAUGUAGUUGUGCCUUACAUUGUGAAAGAGCUUAGUCCAGUGUGCACUGUAAUUCCUAAACUCUGCAGUUUGGAAGGUGGCUGUGGAUUUGGACAAGAAAAUGACAUCAUGCAUCAACCAGUUCUGUAUAAAGAAUGAUAAUGUUAUUGAAAUGUAAUUUUUGUUUUCUAAUCUGUUAAAGGUAUGAUGAAUGACAAUAAAAAUGUUAGACCUUUCUAAUA